AUGCAUCCGGCCGGGGGCACGUCUGCCGAAGGCGACUGCUUCAGGCUGGAGGAUGUUGAAGUGGCGUACUUCCGUCGAAGAAUUGUGUACAAGAGAGCCGACACGCUGGGCGCUGGCGAGCCGUACACGUAUGGUUUACCGCCAGACUAUGUGCGAAUUGCGAUGGCCGUGGCGGUAAUGGCGUUUGCUGCGCAGAUGGUUUCGUAUACAGGCCGCGAAUGGGCCAUUCACAAGCAGGCAGGCCGUCCGAUACGGAGGGUUCCAUCCUUCUGGAACAACAUCUUCAAUGUUGCCAUGUGGCCGGCUGAGUGUCCUUUGCAGGAAUCGUGUGAUCUCAGCAUUCAGCUGAGGCUGUGCAUGUACUUGGCAGUGACAGUUGUCAUCGCGGGCCUUAUCCAGAUGCCGCAUGCCCAAGUGUUCCCUGCCGCUUUCGUCUGGCAUCUUCUGCUCCAACUCCCUACUCGUCUUAUAUUUUGCGGUGUAUGCUGGCCUCCAGAUUGCCAAGACUAUGGAUGUGGACUUCCGAGAAAGAGGCUCUUGGUUGUUUUGUGGGUCUUGAAUCGAAUCCUGCAGCUCCGCGCCGAAGUGACAGGCAUCGGGACUGACGAAGUCUCUCUGCUCGAAACCUUCCAGCGCGAGUCCGACCUGGCAGUCGUCUGCCGCCUGGCGCAUGAGCACCUGCUAGCGGAUGGCCCGGCGGGCCGCAACGAUGUGCUCAGGCGGCUGCCACGUGAUUUUCGCAGCGGCGCCAAUGAGAUCGUGAAAGAGGAUAUUCACACCAGCAUCGAGGUCCCACCACUGCUGUCCUCAAGCGGUGCGACCUUGUCCAUCAUCUUCCGAAAGUUGAUCACGUACCAGACCCAACAAGGCCAUCACCAGGCUCCAGGGCGCCUCAAGCGAUUGACGAGCUUCAGCACGGGGGAAGCCAACAACUGCGACAACUUCCACGCGAAGAGAGUUGUCUGCGAGCUGCUGAAAGCCUGGGCCUGUUGUAGCCAGGGCGCCGUCAGUGAUGAGGGCGUAGAUGCGCAGGAGGUGGAUCCAUACUUGAAUUAUCUACGACAUGUGAUGUACUACCAUGACCGAUGGUCUUCAAAGCUCUGGGGCUCUGACGCCUUCCUGGAGACUAUUGUCCAUGUCAUCCGCAAGCUGGAGGCAUUAAAACGAGACACAUCCGACAAGAGACAGAAGUACUUGAAAGUUCUGGAGCAGAUACACGACCAUACCAGUGAGCUUGCAGAGCAUGCCCUGAGAGUGACACUGCUCGCCAACACUGAGCAUCACAGCGAGUUUGAGGCCUUGGUCGCCAAAGAGGGCGCGCUGACUCUGAAAUCGCUAAGCCAAACUUUGGUGAGACACAGCACCAGCUUCUGGUGCACGGACUUCGGACAGGUGUUGUACUCUGCCUUGGUCCGAGCCGACCCACAGCGCUUCAAGCCAGUAGGUGUGGGAGAUGUGGGGGCGGCUGCCCGGACUUGGAGUCUCUGGACAGACGAGUUGGGGACCAUCAAGACAUACGAGUAUAGCUCUCCCGAGGAGGCGAGGCUCGUCCUGGAGCAGUGCCGCUGCUGCACCAUCCUCGUGGGUCCGGAGGGCAAGAUCCAGGAGAAAAGCUUCGCGUCCAGCACCAGCCAAGUGCUUUCCAAGGCUUCAAGCGGCAGUCAAUACUUUCGUCAAGCGUCUUGCUGUGCACAGCGACAGGUCCUCCAGGAAGGCAGCACCAUGCGAGAGCUCAAUCGCAGGGUAGACCAGAACAUCGGUUUGCAGCAAGCCGCUUUGGGAAUUGCGCCGCCGACACAGGUGACAGCCAUAGAAGAUUUUCUGGGUGACGGUGAAGCUUCAGCCGAUGCAGAGGCAGAGAAGCCAGACUUCUGGUAUGAAGCCGUGGAGAAGGUGCGGGAUGCAUGGGUGCAAGGCAAUGCCGAUCAAGCAGGAAUCGCGGAACCAUUUCGUGGCUGCAAGAAGGUCAAAUGGAUCGAGGGUGUGUUCGAAAAGGAAUCCAGGUCCUCGAAUUUUCCAACUAUCAUCCUCGAUCUUCCCAAAACGCUGUCAGAUCUCCUGUGCUGCUUCAAGCAGGUGAUGACCGCAGUGCGCUCCAUGAUCAGCGAAGGUGGCAGUAAGGAGGCACUGGCCGCUAUUUAUGCACUGCGACAGCGCAGCACCAUCACCGGGCAGCUGGAUGCAUGCAUGCAGAAGUUCCUCACCAGCGCGAAUCUUAUGCACGGUUUCUUUGAGCACCUCUUCUUCGAAGGUUUGGAGAACAACAAGAAGAUCAAGGGUCAGAGUGUCGCACUGCCACGAUUGAUGUAA